CGUCGUCAAAAUGCCAGACAUCGAGGAGAAUGUGUCCCCGAAGGAUCCUGCCGAUGGAGAGAGCCAGUCCUGUAAACCCGAGACUUCAAGACGGACUCAAGAAGAUAAGAGCAGCCCCACGGAUCAGCCUCCCUGUAGGUCCAGCUGCUAGGCAGUCCCCUUGGCCACCUUCGAGGGAGGCGGGUCCGGUUGGAAGGAACCGACUGUCCGGGACAUCAGCGCCCUUUAAGGGGACCCUUAGCCACCAAGUUUUCUAGUCUCCCCCGUUUUGUUUGCCCAUCUCCUAUCUCCCCCACUGGCCUUUACUUACAGACCUUAGGCCCCCAAGUUGACUCUUCAAAGAGUUUUUUGGUCCUGGAGAAAGAAGUGACCCAAGCACAAUUACUUGAAUCUGACAAGAUUUGAGGCUGAGUCAGUUCAAAGCCGUCUUUGUAUUGUUGUAUUUUGAAUUUGUAGGUGGAAAAUGGCAGAUUUCUGGGGCUGAUUUUUAAAGAACCCAAAUGAUCCCAGACAGGAAUUGUGUUUUCUCAGUUCUUUGUUGACUCAAGAAGAAAUACUGCCCCGGGCUCGUAUUUUUUGCUCUGUACUGUAGUAGAUGUUCUUUUGUGUUCAUAUUGGGACACGAGGUCUCUUCCACACUUCGUGGUCUGACAGAGACAGUUCAUGAAGUUUCCAAGCUGAGCAACAAGAUUGGAAUGAAUCCUGAUUACCACAAGGAAGAGAAGACUUUACUUCCAAGCAGUCUGGAAGGCAAGGUCAAGGAGACAAUGCACAAUGCCUUUUGGGACCACCUUAAAGAGCAAAUGUCAGCAGCUCCCCCUGACUUCAGCUGCGCUCUUGAACUUCUGAAAGAAAUUAAAGAGAUCUUGUUGUCACUGUUGUUACCACGCCAGAACCGCCUAAGGACUGAGAUUGAAGAAGCUCUGAACAUGGACUUUCUCAAGCAGAAAGCAGAACGUGGGGCCCUGGAUGUCCCUUACCUCUCUAAAUAUAUUCUCAACAUGAUGACUCUGCUGUGUGCACCAGUUCGAGAUGAAGCAGUGCAGAAACUGGAAAACAUGACAGAACCUGUUCAGUUGCUAAGAGGGAUCUUCCAGGUUCUGGGCCUGAUGAAAAUGGACAUGGUAAACUACACUAUCCAGAGCCUUCAACCCCACCUCCAGGAACAUUCCAUCCAAUAUGAACGGGCUAAAUUCCAGGAGCUCCUCAAUAAGCAGCCUAGCCUCCUUGAUCAUACCACCAAAUGGUUGACCAAAGCAGCAGCAGACCUCACCCUGCCGCCUCCAACUUGUCCUGACACUGCUGAUUCCUCUAGUGUGGCUGGCCCUUCUCCAAACGAAGCAAUCAACAACUCAGAGCCCCUCAGCCCCUCAAUGGUGCUGUCCCAGGGCUUCCUGAACCUCCUUCUCUGGGACCCUGAGAAUGAAGAGUUCCCUGAGACCCUGGUGAGGGACAGAACCCGGCUGCAGGAGCUGGAGUCCCAGUUGCACCAGUUAACUAUCCUGGCCUCAGUCUUGCUCGUGGCCAGUAGUUUCUCUGGCAGUGUUUUGUUUGGCUCACCCCAGUUUGUGGAUAAGCUGAAACGCAUAACCAAGUCCCUGAUGGAGGACUUUAACUCCAGGCCAGAGGAGGCUAUGCUGACUGUGAGUGAACAGGUAUCUCAGGAAAUCCAUCAAAGCCUCAAGAAUAUGGGUCUUGCUGCUCUGAGCAGUGACAGUACAGCAUCCCUGAUAGUACAGCUUCAGAACAUUGCCAAGAAGGAGAACUGUGUUCGCAGUGUCAUUGAUCAGCGGAUCCAUUUGUUUCUCAAAUGCUGUUUGGUUCUUGGUGUGCAGAGGUCUCUGUUAGACCUGCCUGGAGGCCUUACUCUCAUUGAAGCAGAGCUGGCGGAACUGGGCCAAAAAUUUGUCAACUUUACAUAUCACAAUCAGCAGGUGUUUGGCCCCUACUACACCGAGAUCCUAGAAACCCUCAUGUCCCCAGCCCACGCGCAGGAAGCAAAAGUGAAGUCUCUCUGAUAGCACUGGCUCGGAGCCCUGGCAGCUUGGGCCCAGGAAAGUGCCCGUCAUCUUCCUGGGGUAACAUCACCAGUGACCAGCCGAGCAGCAACUCCACACAUCAGCCUCCCAACAGCCAGUACAACAGGGCUGGUAGGGAUCAAGAUGUAAACACCAACUGGUCCAAACCCAUUCACUAAUAAACUUCUGAACUGCAAGAA